UUAAGAGCUAGCUUUCCUUAAGAUUCAAAAUAGACAGAAAAGUAAGAUACAAUGUUAUUGUCUUUCCUCAAGUUACUUGGAGAAGAUCAUCAUUUAUUUAUGAGAUAUAUAUAUAUAUAUUACAGUUUCUACUUUGAGGUGCUCCAUUCACAUAUGCGAGGGGAAAUACUGAUUUUUCCUUCUCUAAAACCUUCACUGGUCUAGCACCUCCAUGUUAUAUAGUCUAAGAAUUAUCUGUAUGAAUGCUAUCUCCCUUAUGAUGGGAUUAAGCAGUAGGGUAGAGCAGUAGGCCAUGUACAUAUGACAGAGGCCACUAACUUGUUAUCUACUUGUUUAUGUCUGUCUGAUGAAAAUCAACACCUAAACUUGUAACAUUCAACUUCAGCUUCAGCUGGCAGGCAAAGCCAUGUGCUUCACUCUUAUCUCUGUCCUUCACUGGGCCCAAUUGGCUGAUUUCCUCUCCACCACUUGUUGCUGAAGAGUUAAGGAGAAUCAAAAUAGUUCAUCUUGUGUAUAUAUAUAGAAGUGGAUCCUAAUGGACUUCUCACCACAUUUCCAAACUGUUCUAUCUUCCAUUCAAACAUAAAUUGAAACAAGACUUGUAGAAUCAGUAUACAGUUUUCCAUCAUGGGUAUUCGUCUGCCUGGUGUUGUUAAUGCCAAAAAAAUUCUCCAUAGGAUUCACAAUUCAGAUUCGAUUCCAAAAGGUCACUUGGCUGUUUAUGUUGGAGAAACACAGAGGAAGCGCUUUGUUGUACCUGUUUCUUACUUAAGUCAUCCUUCUUUUAAGACAUUGUUGAGUCAGGCUGAAGAGGAGUUUGGUUUCCAUCAUCCCAUGGGAGGUCUCACAAUUCCAUGUAGAGAAGAAGCUUUCCUUAAUCUCACUCAAAGUUUGAAUGGCUCAUGAUUCUCCACGUGGCUAGAUUUAGUUUAGAAAAAUAGACAGAAGAUUAGGGCCAACAAUUUUGUCAAUUCAUCUUUCAGUUAUUGUAUAGCUCAUUCUUUUGGUUUAAGGAAACUGAAUAAAGAAAUUACUCAAUGCACAUACUUUGGUUGGAA